GAACUUCCAUGUCCUCUCCAGGCCCAGGUGCGCCACUCUCCCCAGAUCUCUGUGUGUUCACCAACCCAGAAGCUCCUUGGUUAUCACACUUUCAAAGAUUACAUGGUUACUUUCUCUUUGAGACCCUUUCAGUUUUUCAACUAGUUUAUGUUCUUGAUCUGAAUUAAGGCCAGUAUAGUAGUUCCCCCAUCCUUUUAUUUUUUUAGAUUAUUUAUUUACUUAUUUAAUUUAUUUUUGACUGCAUCAGGUCUUAGUUGAGGCAUGCAGGAUCUUCGUUGAGGCAUGCAGGAUUUUUCGUUGCGGUGCGUGGGCUUCUCUCUAGUUGUGGCGUGCAGGUUUUCUCUUCUAUAGUUGUGAUGUGCAAGCUCCAGGGCACGUGGGCUCUGUACUUGCGGCGCGGGUUCCAGAGUGCGUGGGCUCUGUAGUUUGCGGCAUGCAGGCUCUCUAGUUGAGGCGUGCGAGCUCAGUAGUUGUGGUGCGCAGGCUUUAGUUGCCCUGCGGCAUAUGGGAUCUUAGUUCCCUGACCAGGGAUCGAACCCACUUCCCCCUCAUUGUAAGACAGAUUUUUUACCACUGGACCACCAGGGAAGUCCCCCCUCAUCCUUUUAGAAUGAAACUGUCAGCAAGAUUUUAUUAGAUUUUCAGUCCCUACCCCCUUUUAAGAUAAAUUUGAUAUCCAACUAAUGAUGAGGUACCUGAAGUUUCCUAUCUCUAACAUCAUCAUUACCAGGCCAAUUUGGGGAUCUUAACCAAGAAACUAAUCUAUAUUCUCCAUUAUCGAGCAGGCUGAAGUGUACUCCAGCAGCUGUAUCAUGUCCAUUACUCUCUUUUAUCCUCAUUCAGAAAUUCUUUAGUGUGGUUUAUAGAUUUCUACUGGGAAUAUCAUUUUGAGACACACUGCCGUCCCACUUCCCCCUUUAAGAUUUGAAUGAGAUUUGCCCAUCAUUGGCAUACGGCAUUCACAAAUUCAUUAAACUCAGAUUUUUGUGGAUAGGGACCAUGUCUUAUUUAUUUCAUAAAAGUCAUGAACUUUAACUGAUUUUGGAUAUCUCUAUUAUAGAUGUCUUUUUAAAAAAAAUAAUAAACUUCCUUUAUUCCUUUGCUUUUUCUCUUUCCUUCAGUCCUUUUUAUUUUAUCUUAUUUAUUUAUUUUUUGGCUGUGCUGUGUGGCUUGCAGGAUCUUAGUUCCCCAACCAGGGAUCGAACCCGUCUGUGCCCCCUGCAAUGGAAGUGCAGAGACCUAACCACUGGACCACCAGGGAAUUCCCUAGAUGUCUUCAGUUAAGAUAUUGGCAACUUAAUUUUCAGAUAUUUUCUUUUGUGGCUUAAUAGUUACCUCUCCCAUUGCUUUUCUUAUGUCAUUCCUGAUGUUCUUUCCCAGUUUUAUCUAGGAAUUUUUCUCUCUUUAUUUUCAAUUUUAAGCUCUCAUAAUCAGAUUGGCAAGUAUUCAGACAAACAUGUUCUUCCUACUCCCUGUCAACAACACUCUUUUAGCAGGCUGAGAGCCCAUCAUCAUUCGUAUAUUUACUCAUCAGUAUGGAGCCAUAUGCUGUGCUUGGUGCUGAGUAUGCAUUUGUGAGCAUGGAAGACUUGGCCCUUGCACCUCUCUAAACUUAUAGGCUAAUGGGAGCAGGUAGACAAUAACAUAAGCUUUUAUAACACUGUGUGCCUGGGUGGAAGACAGUAAAAACUUCCGGAUGAAGAAGUGGGAUUUAGACUGAUCUAAAGGGCGAAUAGGAGUAAGCCAGGGUUGGGAGGAAGGGAAGGAGAAGAAUGUUCCAGCAGGAUCUGGAAGGUCAACUCCAAUUUAUUGACAGUCAUAAACAUUCCUCCUUUCUUUCUGAAGUCUCAGCCAUCAAUUGGAAGCAGAGAGAAAAAUUGUAACUAAAGGCCUCCCCCACCCCUAGGUUCUCCAAAUCCUUUAGAUUUUUUUUCCCUAGAAAGACUUUCCAGGGUUCUUCUGGUUGUGUGGUUCACCCCCUUAUUAACCAGCUGGAAUGGGUAGCAGCUGGCAAGCUGCCUUUGGGUUCUUCCUUAUAGGGAGUGACCAAUUAUGCACCCUCCCCCCGCCACUCCCCCCAACCCCUGUCUCCUUCUGGGAAGCUGGAUGACUUUGCACUUGCUGAUGGUGAGGAGCUUCCUGUUUAUUCUCCAGAUUUCUGUUUUUUUCUAUGUUUCUAUUCUGUGUUAUAUUCUUCUGCCCCUCAGCCUCUUGACAUGAAUUUUCUCCUGUGACAAUUUAGAAAUGUUUACUUCCUUAUUUUCUUGUUGAAUUAUUUCCUCCAUUGUCUCUGGGAGUUCUUCAUCCUCUUUGAUAACCUUUGUCUGGAGAGUGGUAUUUAAGCCUGAGAAUAGAGAUGCCAGCUUAUGUUUAGUAAACAUGCUGUUGGCAAAAAACCUCCAGCAGGAAAGCGAGUGUGGCACAAUUGCCCCACUGCAAGGGCCUUGGAGCAUCCCCUGUUUAGUGCUAAAGCUCCUAAAAGCAGCUAUAAUCCUUUACCCCUUUGUAGAGCUCCCUAACUCAUUAUCUUUGGUCUUGAUAGGAAGACUAUAGAGUAUCAACAAACUCAUCAUUUGGUGGCAUAGUUUAAAGUACCCCGCCACCCCCGUCACGUGGCUUGUGGGAUCUUAGUUCCCCGACCAGGGAUUGAACCUGGGCCCCAGCAGUGAAAGCACUGAGUCCUAACCACUGGACUGCCAAGGAAUUCCCUAAAGUACUUUUUUAAACAUUAUGUUCAGAUGUCCUUAUUAGAUAUAUAUUUUAGUUAAAGACUAUAUAAAAUUGGUACAUUUUAUUUUGGGGGUGGAUAAUAUAGUCACAUGAUUUAAACUUAAAAAGGUACAGAGGAGAAUUUGGUAAAUAUUCUCCUUCUUGCCAUGUCUCUCAGCCACCUAGUUCUCUGAGGCAACCAACGUUACCAGUUUCUUGUAUAUCCUUCCAGAGUAAUUUUGUGCAUAGACAAAGACACGACUUAGUAUAUAUGUCAUAAUAUAUAUGUCAGAUAACAUAUCUGCUGAUGAGAUGAAUGAUGUGUAUCCUGUAUUUCUCAAGGCCACUUAGUGAGUGGGAAGACUGGAAUUUGAAAAGUUUUGAAUUCAAACCUCAAAACCUCAGCUAUGCCAUUUAUUAGUUGAGUGACCUUGGGCAGUUUGCUUAGACUCCGUAUGCUUUGAUUUCUUUAUGUGGUUAAUAAUACUCAGUGUGCCAAGGCUGUUGAGUAUGAUGUAUGUACAGUUCUUCCUCUGGUGCAUGUCAAAAUGCUUCACAAAUGGUUGCUACCUUUGCUGUUUCUUGCUGGACCACACUAUUUGGCCUGUGUGAACUGGGAGGGGCAAAGUCUUGCUCUAAAAAAUGAAUGGAUUGAAUUGCCUUUACUGUAAUAUGUGAUCAAUGCUCUCUACUUAUGAAGGGAACCAUGAGCCAAGGAAGAUAGAAAUAGCACUUUGAAAAGAAUAGAACAUUUUUUGCUCCCCAGGUAUUGGAGAACAGCUAUUCCUGGUCUGGGGUCUUCACACUUGGCUGGUGGAGUGCUGAUAAACCCUAGGACUUCACUUCCCCUGGUAGGAAGUUAUUAACACUGAGGAGCUUUUCAUGUUUAAUGGCUGAAUUAGCUCUGGCCCUUCAGUAUUGCUUGAAGCUUUGGACUAUUAUGGGAAGCUUCACUUGGUCAGUCCUGUUCUGGGUUUCCUGCUAUUCAGUUCCCAUUGUUGUGUUAAUCCUUUAAUAGCAGUUAGCUUUCAUUCUUUUUGGUUCUUGCACAAUGCUUGAUGUAAUAGAUGGAAGAGUCUCGAAUUUCAGAACCAGUCCCAUGUGGUUUCAUCAGGAGGAUGGUGUUAAGCCUUCCUUCAUGGUUAUCUGGACUCAGCAUUCUUUUAAAAAUUAUUAUUUAUUCUUUUUUAUUUUUGGCUGCAUUGGGUUUUCCUUGCUGCGCGUGGGCUAUUCUCUGGUUGUAGCUGGUGGAGGCAACUCUUCCUUGAGGUGCAACUCUUCCUUGAGGGCUUCUCAUUGCGGCGGCUUCUCUUGUUGUGGAGCACAGGCUCUAGGCGUGCGGGCUUCAGUAGUUGUGGCACGUGGGCUCAGUAGUUGUGGUUUGUAGGCUCUAGAGCACAGGCUCAGUAGUUGUGGCGCAUGGGCCCAGUUGUUCCACAGUAAGUGGGAUCUUCCCGGACUAGGGAUUGAACCUGUGUCCCCUGCAUUGGCAGGCGGAUUCUUAACCACUGCGCCACCAGGGAAGGUCCCUAGUUUGCUCAUUUUUAAACAAAAUCAUAAUGGGUGUUGAAUUUUAUUCAGUGCAUUUUCAGCAUCUGUUGAGACGGUUAUAUACGUUUUCUUCUUUAGUAUCUGGUAAUAUAGAAAAUUGUGUUGGUAGAUGUCCCUAGGUUAAACUUUUCUUUUCAUUCCUAGGAUAAGCCCUCUUUGGUUAUGAUGUAUUUGUCCUCUGUUAAACUACUCUUUCUACAACAUCAGAGUUAUCUGGACCAUGAAGGUUUAAUAGAAUAUGGCAUAAAAACCAUCUGAGCCUGUAGGUAUUUUUUGUGUGUGUGUGUAGGGGAUAUUUGACAACUCUUGUUUUUUCAUUCACAUUUCUUUGAUGCUCAGUGGUCACUAGUACUGCUAAAAGUGAAUCUUAAAAGUUCCUUGGUUUUUCCUCCUCUGCCCUCUAAAUGUUAAUGUUCUUUAGAGUUCUGUUGUUCAUUAUUCAUUCAUACAUAUUUAUUAGAUAUUAUUAGAGAUAUUUAUUAAUGCCAGGCACAGUGCUAGGAACUUCCCUCCCUGCUGCUAGAUUUUUUCCUUCUAGUCUGGCUUCCCCACUGCUGGCAGAGUCAUUUUUAGCUGGGAGAGGAAGACUAAAUGUAUUUCAUACCUUCUCUUAAAAAUCUCUGUUAAGGGACUUCCCUGGUGGUGCAGUGGUUAAGAAUCUGCCUGCCAGUGCAGGGGACAUGGGUUUGAACCCUGGUCCGGGAAAAUCCCACAUGCCGCGAAGCAUCUAAGCCCGUGUGCCACAACUACUGAGCCCCCGCGCUGCACUACUGAAGCCUACGUGCCUAGAGCCUGUGCUCCGCAACAAAGGGAUGCCACCGCAAUGAGAAGACCCUGUACCACAACGAAGAGUAGCCCCUGCUCGUUGCAACUAGAGAAAGCCCGUGUGCAGAAACGAAGACCCAACACAGCCAGAAAAAAAAAAAGUCUCUGUUGAGUCCUUCAUGUGUAUAGGAUCAUGGGCCUUUCCUGUGUGGCUCAGCCUCCAUGUCAGCUCAUAUCCCACCAUUCUCUGUCAUAUACACUGGACACACUGGCUACACUGUAUCCCCCAGUAAUCCCUGUUCUUUCAUGACUCUGCCUUUACACAUUUUGUUUUCUCUAAAGAGAAUUCUUGUCUCUUCCUGGCAAAUUUCUAUUCAUCCUUCAAGGCACUCUUUUAAAAAGAUUUGUUGUUGGCCAGAACAUGCUGAGCGGAGUGUGCGGCCGGCUCGCCUCAGCGCUGUGGGGGACACGUACACAGCCGUCCGCGGUCGCCCAGAGGUAUCUGCACAUGUUGUCCACAGACAAGAGCGAGAGGACAAGGAAACCUCCCCGCGCCUUCGACCCAGCGCUGCUGGAGUUCCUGGUGUGCCCGCUCUCCAAGAAGCUGCUCAGAUAUGAAGCAUCGACAAAUGAAUUGAUUAACGAAGAGUUAGGAAUAGCCUAUCCAAUUAUUGAUGGGAUUCCUAAUAUGAUACCACAGGCAGCCAGGAUGACACAUCAAAAUAAGAAGCAAGAAGAAAUGGAGCAGCAUUAGAUCAUACUUAAAAAUAACAACACACACAACUAAAUUUUCUAAAUACCAUCCACCUUUUAAAAAGUCAGAGUGACGGGUAAUAAGUGGAGGAAAAGAAUGUUUCUGUCUCUUCCUACGUUGACUGUCCUUAUUCCAUUGGUCUCUUUAGCAGGACUGUUAUACUCGUCCUCUGUGGAAGAAAACUUCCCACAGGGCUGCACUAGCACAACCAGCCUGUGCUUUUACAGUCUGCUCUUGCCGAUUACCAUACCCGUUUAUGUGUUCUUCCACCUUUGGACUUGGAUGGGUAUUAAACUCUUCAGGCAUAAUUAAUACAACCAGAGCCAAGAUGGUAUAGCCUAAUGAUAUGCUGAGUGUCUGUCUCUGAAAGCUCAACUACAUGGAAAUACUGGAAACCCACGUAAUUUGCAAGAAAGAUGCUUUGCCUCGCUUCUGUCAGAGGUUUAGGACUAUAGGAGGCUUAAGCUGCAGAGGCUUCUUUAUUGUACUUUGGUCUUCCCUUGUUUUUUGAAGGUUCUCAUUUAUACCUGGGGUAUCAGAAGAAACAUUUCAACAAAGUGUCUUGUUGGAAGUUAAUAGCCCCAGACAUCAUCUGAUGGCUUUAUUUCUUAUCCCAUUCAUAAUUAAAAGUUACUAAUUUGAAAUUUUAUAUGUUUAUUUUACAUUCAAAGUCUGGUAAAGUCACAUGUUAAGGAUGACUGAAGUAAUUCUAGAGGAGCUCUGUUGGAGUAGUUGUAGAGAAAUGCAUUUGAACUAAUGUGGUAUAAAACUGUAAUAAAAUGGAAAUUUCAUGUAUUUGCCAAAAAAAAAAGAUUUGUUUUUAAUUCUCGUAGAGAGUUUGAAUCCCAUAGUACUCUGUUCAUAGAUCUGUCUUAGAACUUAUCAAAUUAUAUGAUGCUGAUCCAUUUAUACAUGUCUCCAUGUUUAAAUGACUGUAACCUGCUCAGAAUGGGUCUUUCUCUCUCUAAAUUAUGUCUCCUCAACAGCUACUGUACUGCUUAGCAUAGAGUAGGCUCUCAGCAAAUACUUGUGAAUGCUUGACUGACUACAUGAGUGGUUGCCUGAAAGAGCUCUGCUGUGCUCUUGCCUUGAAGGGGGAUACUACUGCUACUAGUCAUGGAAGGUUGCCAGAGAGGAAACAAGUCUCUGCACUAAAACAAUGUCUGCUUGAAUAGUCCCUCUUUCUUCUUCCCUUCCCCCAAGAUGCGUGUGUGUGUGUGUGUGAGGGGGGGUGUGUGGUUGUGGGGACAUAAACUUAGAAAAGUAUAUAUCUAUUAGUAUUUUUCUGUUGACUUUAACUUUUAAAUUAUUAUUUUUUAAAAUUUAUUUAUUUAUUUAUUUUUGGCUGUGUUGGGUCUUCGUUGCUGCGCGCGGGCUUUCUGUAGUUGCGGCAAGCGGGGGCUACUCUUCAUUGCGAUGCGUGGGCUUCUCAUUGCAGUGGCUUCUCUUGUUGCGGAGCACGGGCUCUAGGCGCACAGGCUUCAGUAGUUGUGGCUCGUGGGCUCUAGAGCGCAGGCUCAGUAGUUGUGGCGCGUUGGCUUAGUUGCUCUGCGGCAUGUGGGAUCUUCCCAGACCAGGGCUCGAACCUGUGUUCCCUGCACUGGCAGGCGGAUUCUUAACCACUGCGCCACCAGGGAAGUCCACUUUUAAAUGAUUAAAACAUGAAAACAGCUGUAGGGUGAUGGGAUUUUUGGUUGACCUUUUCCUUUUUUUUUUUAAUUAAACAAACAUUUUUAAAUAUAGUAAUAAGUCAAUAAGGGAACUGAACCAGAUUCAGGAUUGAAAUAAUGCAGUCUUUUUUAAAAAAACAUUUAUUUAUUUAUUUGGCUGCGUCGGGUCUUAGUUGCAGCAUGUGGGAUCUUCAUUGCAGCAUGCAGGAUGUUUCGUUGUGACACAUGGGCUUCUCUCUAGUUGUGGCGUGUGGGCUCAGUACUUGCAGUGCAUGGGCUUAGUUGCCCCAAGGCAUGUGGGAUCUUAGUUCCCCGACCAGAGAUCGAACCCACAUCCCCUGCAUGGGAAGGCGGAUUCUUAAUCACUGGACCACCAGGGAAGUCCUGAAAUAAUGCAGUCUUCCAUGAAGAUAUCAAAGCCAUAUUUUUCACCACAACCUCCAACAUUUCACGUAGGUUAAGGAUGUCCCUCAAGCAUCUCUAAGCCCUCCGUCCCCCAGCUUCUAACUCAUGGCGUUCUGCAUGGUGACCUGUGCAGGACCACCAAUGUUUAUACACAGUGGACCACCUUAGACUCUCAGGAGGCCUGGCCCAGCCUGCAGAGACUGACGGCAGCCCACCCUCAGCCGUUCAGUCCUAGAGGCACCCGCUGGCUGACCGCUUCCUUUUUUUUUUUUUUUUUUUUU